CUUGUGCCUUCGAGGCUGGACUAUCUUUCGUCCACGAACUCUCGCGCUUUCUUCGCACAAUCCCGUCGCAGUCUGUCACUCGUUCCAUACGCCCAUGGAUAGAUUCAUCAUAAUUAUUGGCGCAUAAUGGCAACUCCAGAGAUAGACAUCAGCGAACUCUCCGAAUCGGAACAGCUAGCCUUGCAACAAUAUACUGCGGUGACAGAUCAAAACCUCCAAGAAGCCAUACCACUCCUUGUGCGAUCGCAAUGGAAUGUGCAGAUUGCAAUUGCUAAAUUCUUUGAUGGAGAAGGGCCCGAUCCAGUGGCAGAAGCACUGGCAGCACAGAAUGCCCCUCCGCCGAGAACCAGCAUACAAGAGAAUCUGCAGCAAAGUCUCCUAAAUGGUGCUGCGCGACCCUCGAGACACGAAAGACAACCCGACGCAGCCCCUCGAAUUGUCCCCCAGCCUGAUCAGGACAUUGUACGAAGACCUCCGCUUCUCCUAGCCAUCCUCUUCACACCAUUCAACCUUCUGUACCGACUCUUGUCAUCAUCAUUGGGUCUAUUUUCCUUCCUCUUUCCCUUCUUACCGAGGGCCUUACGUCCAGGUGCACCAAACGGCACUGUAUUAAGAGCGAAUACUGGUGGGAGGCGACCGUUGAAACCCACCGACUCAGCCGUGAGGCUGAAGAGGGAACUUGAGGAGGAAUAUGGAAACAACAGUCUGCCAUUCUAUGAAGGGGGAUAUGCUCAAGCUUUGGAUUUGGCAAAAAGAGACCUGAAAUUCCUCCUGAUCCUACUCCUAUCCCCUGAACACGACGAUACCUCCUCCUUCAUCCGCGAGACGCUUCUAGCCCCUGAAGUCCAAACCUUUGUUAACGACCCCGCAAAGAAUAUCAUAUUGUGGACAGGCGACAUCCGAGAUUCCGAGGCAUAUCAGGUCUCUUCUGCUUUGGUAUGUAGUAAGUUCCCAUUCACGGCAGUCAUUGCACACACACCAAGUCAAGGUAGUACUGCUAUGUCUGUGAUUGCUCGAAUUACCGGUCCGAUGGAUGCAUCCACCUAUCUAGCGAAGGUUCGAACUGCUAUAUCAAGCCACGAGGAUACCCUAGCUACGGCUCGUGCUGCUCGGUCAGCCCAGAACUUUGAGAGAAAUUUGAGACAAGAGCAGGAUUCUGCAUAUGAGAAGUCUCUACAAGCAGAUCGAGAACGUGCAAGAUUGAAGCGAGAAGCCGAGGCAGCUGCGGUAGAAGAGGAGCGAAGGAAGAAGGAAGAAGCGGAAGCUGCAGCGACACUGGCUGAGAAGAAACUUCAAUGGCGAAGAUGGCGAGCAUCACAUAUUGAACCGGAGCCAGUAUCGGAAACCAAAGACGUUGUUCGAAUAGCUCUCAAGAUGCCAUAUGCCGCAAGAAUCACACGAACGUUCAAGGCCAGUGAUAACAUGGAGGAGUUGUAUGCUUUUGUCGAUUGCUAUGAUCUCCUAGCAGAUGCUUCAAAUGCGGCGGAUGUUGAAGAACCAACGAAUUACAAGCACGAGUUUGAUUUUAGACUUGUACAGACUCUACCUAGGGUUGUCUACGAGAUUGGCGAAGGCGGUACAAUUGGCGAGCGGGUAGGCAGAAGUGGAAACCUCAUUGUCGAACCUAUAAAGAUCGAAGAUGAGGAAGAUGAGGAAUGAUGCCCUGGCUCUAGGAUGUAAUGCACUUUAGAUUUUGUUGCCAAUCUUGGUCCAUCGAUUUCUCUGCCUUCGAUUGGUGCUUGUGGUGGGUUUCAGGUUUCAAUUACUGAUUGAGUCAAGUGACCAGCGCGCCUGAGUUAUUUUCAUGUCAAGAAUGAAAUUGGUACGGAGAGCAUGUCUCAAUUGAUUGCGAGUGCCCGGAUACCCGAAGGUUUUCUGGUCAUUUGACAUAAGUUACGUCGAUUUCCCUAUCGAAGAAAAGUUUCGAGGCACCACCUCAGACUUCGAAUGUCCCCAUUCUGGGACAUCAAAUUUGUCAUCCCAAAGCCCAUCUCGGUCGUAUUCAUUAUUACUCAAAGAUUAGGG